AAUUUAAAUGCAAGCUGCACAUACUCGAGUCACACAUGCGUCUUAUAAAACCCAUGACGUAUCAAUAUAUGCUCCAUAUGAGGGUACAAUAAAAUUAAAUUGACAGCCUAAUAUAUUUUAUAUGCAUGUUGCACAUAACCAAUUUUGAUUUAUGUGUGAUGAUUCUUAUGUGCCUUACAAGUACGUUUUGUGAGCAUCGCAUAUAAACUGCAUGUGUUGACUAUCAUAGAUUUUUGCAGUAUGCUUUAACACAUGGAAUGUAUAUGCAAUGCUCAUAACAUUUAUGAGGUGUGCGCGAAUGUGAGCAUAAUCGUUUACAAAUUAACAAUAUGGCGGAAAAUGUGAAAAAGAAGGUUUUGCGGCGUCGGUUUGCUUUCAAAUUUGUCUUAAAUUUUCUACAAAAUAUCAUCGGGCGUGAUUCUCGUGCAGUGUGGAUUCCGGAUAAGGGUAAGGCGCUGGAGAUGGCCCCAACGGGGCUACACAACUUCGACGGAUCGUGCAAGUUACUUCUGGAGUUGGUUUUCGAACCAGAUCGUAGCGGCAAACGUCCAAACGAGACGAUGGUUCCAGGGCUGCACAACAUCGGCGGGCCGUGCAGAUUGCUUCCGGAGGUGGUGGACCGUAUCGUUAGAACCAGGACAUCAGGACAGAAAAUACAAGGCUCGGCGUUCCGCAGGUACCGGCUGAGUGAACAGUGCACCACUUGACGCCGGAAACAAAGAUCAUAGGGGCGGACCAGGAGAAGAUUAAAAGGCAAGCCGAAAUUUUCAGCGAGAGUUCGUGCCGCUCUAAACGAACCAGAUCUCUCAAGAGGCCGCCCAUCCGGAAACGGUCUUACAAACCAACCAAGUCGGUCCCGUUCCAGAAACCGUUAGCGCUCCUAGUCCUGCCGUAGUAGCCACUCGCAUUCUCGUGAUUGUCGCAAGGGUCGCAAGCGUUCCCAUCGAGGAA